AUGAGCCUCUAUAUUCAUAUAAUGCUGCAUAUUGUGUGAACAUUUCUUCCUUCUCAAUCUUCCACCAGCAAUUGGCCAUGGCGGACGAUUUUGGUAUUCCCGAAUACUUUGCGGAUAAAAAUGUCUUUGUCACCGGAGCCACCGGUUUCAUGGGCAAAGUCCUCAUCGAAAAAAUACUUCGUUGCUGCCCGAAUGUCAACAAGAUCUACAUUCUACUGAGACCUAAACGGGACUUAAACCUACAAGAAAGAUUGGAUGCAAUGUACAAGAUUAAACUUUUCGAUAAAUUGAACGAAUUGUAUCCGGACGCAAUGAAAUCGAAAAUCAUUCCCAUCGCUGGCGAUGUUGUUCAAUUGGGAUUAGGAAUAAGCGCUGAGGAUCGUGAAUUGUUGAAGAGGAAUGUUAACAUUAUCUACCAUGCAGCAGCAUCGGUUCGCUUUGAUCAACCAUUGAAUGAAGCCAUAAUCAUGAAUACCAGAGGAACGUUAGAAGCUUGCAAAUUGGCUUUGGAAAUGAAGAAUCUCGAGUUGUUCAUGCACGUUUCAACGGCUUAUUGCCACACAUCUCUAACCAGAAAGGUGAUCGAAGAGAAAAUCUAUCCUCCGUAUGCCGAUUGGAGGAAAUCCAUCGAGAUCGCUGAGAAUAUGGAUCCGCAUACCUUGCAGAUCCUUUCGAAUCUUUACAUGUCAGGAUUUCCAAACACUUAUACGUUCACAAAGUCUUUAGCCGAGAAUGUCGUUUACGACCUUUUAAACAAUGUAGUGCCAAACAUUAUUUUAAGACCGUCAAUCGUUACAUCGGCCGAAAAGGAUCCUCUUCCUGGAUGGAUUGACAAUUUCAACGGGCCGGUGGGAAUUUUCCUGGCGUGCGGAACUGGUAUAGUUAGAAUUAAUUAUGUAACCGAUGCAGUCGCCGAUUAUGUAUCAGUGGAUGCGGCAAUCAAUGGAAUACUAAUGGGCACUUGGUACAAAACUAAGAACGAGCCGGAAGAAAUUAAUAACACGACGGUCUACAACUGUGGUUCGAACGGCGUAGUUUCAGUUAGCUUACAUGAACAAUCGACGAUCGCCCAUGGUCUUGUCUGGGACAACCCUUUGUCCAAUUCAUUAUGGUACCCAAGCAAAAGCGAGACCAGCAACAUUACGAUUUAUUAUAUAUUAGUAAUGUUACUACACUUCCUACCUGCAAUCGUUUUGGAUGGUCUAUUGAAGCUAUUCAACAAAAAACCGAUGAUUCUUAAAAUUCAUAGAAAAAUUUACAGUGCGGUAAUGGCGCUGAAAUAUUUCAUAGAAAACGAAUGGACUAUUGUAAACGACAAACUACUAGAGUUGGAAACCGUCAUACUUCCCAAAGACAAAGAGAUGUUCGGAUAUAACGUAGAAAACUUCAAUAUACACUUGUACUUCGAAAACGCCUUUAAUGGAGCAAAACAAUAUCUGCUGAAGGAAAAGGCAGAGGACCUUCCAGCUGCAAAGAAAAAGAUACAAAUCCUUUAUUUUAUGGACGUUUUCUUAAAAUACGCAUCAUAUGGUUUACUGAUAUAUAUUAUAUACAAAUGUAAUGUACUUUCAUGUACAUCGAAAUGGAUCAGCGAUUAUUUUGAAGCCCUCUAGGACACAUUUAUAUUUAUUGCAAUCGUGAAAACAAUGUUACGUAAAAUAAAUCAAACAAAAUUCA